AUGGCGCAAGCGUGCGACUACUGCCAAUGCCAGAAAUCCGAUGGCAGCCACUGCUGUGUAGCGCACGCUAACGGCAAGACAUGCGACGAGGUCUGUAAGCCUGCUGUCUACAGCCUUAGCGCUAAUGGAGACAGGCUAUCCUGCAAUGCUGGUGGUGCUUCGAACUGCAUUUCACCAGCCUCGUACUCAGGACGGGACCGAUGUAUUGUGUGUAUUUUCUAG